UGUUUAGUGAGCUGACCCUUACAGCAAAGGUCUCCCUGGCGAGUUUCCUCGACUCCAGCGGCUGGCGUGGUAUUAUUGAAUUGCGUGCAUUAUUGAUGUGUGGCAGUGCCAUAUAAAGCGCUCGUUCUAUACGCUCGUCCACUGACAACUGGGAAGGAGAAGGCACAACUAGUGAGGGGUGGGAAUACUCUGAACAUAGCAGAUCACCACGGGGACCAACAUCAACAUGACUAACUUGUCGCUAGUGCUUCUCGUCAUUGUAGCGUCCAUUCAAGUGACAGUCAGUCAGGAAAUGGGAACAGAAAACGAUCGAACCAACUUAAUCCUGUCUGCGCUCUGCGUGGAACAGAACGGCCAGAUUAGUCAAGAAUGUUUAAAUGGAUUGUCAUCACGGAAUCUGUACAGAACUUUAUAUGCCGCAUUGGCGUCUCCACCUAGGUUGGGAGACGUUUCAUCAAAAUCCGCAUCCAGGCCCGACAAGCUCGCUCUUCCCGCGAAACGACGGCGAGAAGAUACAUCCGGUUUCUAUAGCAACUGGUGAUUACACAAUCACUACGGAAGUGACGUCAUGGACUCGCCACCUUUUAAGUGAUAUCGCUGGUUUGAGCCUGGUAUAGAACCUACAUGCCGCAUGGACGAGAAGGUUAUCAUUUCAGAAAAUGAAAUGAUGCAAUAUUUUUUCGGAAUUUGAACACUUUCGAAACCCCGUUUUUCAACAGUGCCUGAGAGUGCCUCUCAUACAACUCUAUUCCGAAGAGUUUCAUGGACAAUUUGGACAUGCCAGAACUAUUUCGUUAAGAAAGGAUCAAUUGUUUGUUUCGUUUUGCAUAGUGUAUAUCAACCAUUUAAUCAAGCUUAAUUCUUUAACCAACAUUUUUGAGAUAAGGUUUAUUGAAAUUUUUUGACACGUCUGAAUUUAUUUAGGUUGUGUUUGUCUUGUUUGGUAAUACAAGUGAAUCUUAACAGUUAAGUCAAACAUAAUUAUAUACGAAACUUGUAAAGAAAGUAUUUGUACCAAUUCAGACACGUCUGAACGUUUUAGUUAAGAGAGGACCAAGUGUUGGUAACAUCAUUAAGACAACUUUAGAAGAAAACAUUUGUAGACACAAGAGCUUCUGUCUGUAACUGUGUCACUAAAUUGAUACAUAAUCCUUUUAUGAUCAUAACACGACCCCAGUUCUAUUCCUUAAAGUAAGAAUUUAUCUUGACCUUACAGUUUCUAUCUACCUUGUAUAAGACGUUCGACGCUGUGUUCUUAAGUUAGUUUUUUUAAUAAAGUCUCCUAUUUCCUGUCUUCUGAAGAUGGUCAUGUUGGUGAGAGUGGAAACAUAAAGGAUUUCAAACCCAA